GCUGGGCGGGCCGCCAGCCUGUCAAUACACCGUUUUGAUGCCGGAUGGAAAAUGAGAGCACCCCUCCCCGCCCCGCCACCAGCCACACAGAGAGGGGCUGGAACAGAGAAAGAGAGGACUGGAAAGGGAAGAAUCCUCGACAGAUGGACUCGCCGGUGAUUAAAGAUGGCGGUGGCGGUCUUUGCUGCGGACCAAGGAAGAGGCAGCCCGAGUCGUAGUCCAGCGGCGGAGAACCGGGAAGCCCACAGGAAGCGAGAGCGGCAGGUACAAAUGGAUGGUAAAGACCAACUCCAGCCACGUUCAAACUUUGCUGGAACUUCCCCGAGGUGGAUUUUACAUCAACAUGAGAUAUGUCGUAACUUAGCUAUGGGAUCGUCAGUAUUUGGACGUACGGCUGGAGGAUCCAGAGGGGAGGCCUUCAACCAUGAGGAGUUGCUUUGCUGCGGCGUAAGUAGGCUUCCGGAUCUCGCAAUCGUGUUGUCGGGGCUCCACGGCCACGUUCCACUUGGAUGCCGGGACUAUGAACGUGAGCAACCACGGGGGCUUCCUGGUGGACCCGAGCGGCAGCUUCAAUGAGGACGCGCCCAGACCUCCAGUCCCCGGGGAAGAGGGCGAGCUGGUGCUCACCGAGUGCCACAACAAAAGCCUCAAAUGCGAGGCGUCCGUGGCCACGCCCAGGCGGCCGGACCAGGACUUGGGCUACGAACCGGAAGGCAGCGCUUCCCCCACGCCGCCUUUCCUGAGAUGGGCCGAGUCGCUUCACUCGCUGCUGGACGACCAGGACGGCAUCCAUCUGUUCAGGACGUUUCUCAAGCAGGAAGCGUGCGCCGACCUGCUGGACUUUUGGUUCGCCUGCAGCGGUUUCCGCAAACUGGAAGCCGGCGAGGGCAACGACGAGAAGCGGCUAAAACUAGCCAAAGCCAUUUAUAAGAAGUACAUCCUGGACAACAAGGGCAUCGUUUCCAGGCAAAUCAAAACGGCGACUAAGUCCUUCAUCAAAGACUCCGUGAUGAAGCUCCAUAUCGAUCCGGCCAUGUUCGACCAGGCCCAGACGGAGAUCCAGACCACGAUGGAGGAAAACACCUACCCUUUAUUUCUUAAAUCGGAUAUAUACUUGGAACACGCUCAGGUAGGGGGCGAGAGUCCCAAGCCUUACGCCGAUCAAAGCCCACUUUCGUCCGACACAAAGAAUCUGCCUGGAUAUUUGCCCACGUUAACCGAGCACGAGGAGUGGAGAUGCGAGUCGGAAGAACCUGCCGAUUGUGACCUCGUGCCCAGACUCACUCAGAGGCUUCUCACAGAGACGCCAUCGCAUCGAAGAUUCCAGGAAGAGUACAGACAUGCACCUGGUCGGGAGCCCGCCGACCGCUACUACGCCAACGCCGGACAUGCGUUAGCUCCGGCCACCAGCGCUAACGACAGUGAGCAACAGAGUAUGUCCAGCGACGCCGACACGCUUUCUCUCACUGACAGCAGCGUAGAUGGCAUCCCACCCUACAGAUACCACAAACCUCAUCGGCGGGAGAUGCAUGAAAGCGUUCGAGCAAACGGGCGCGUGCCGCUGCCUCUCAUUCCCCGCACCAAUAGGAUUCCAAAGGACAUUCACGUGGCGCCGGAGCGCUUCGCCGCCAACCUGAUCCUACGCCUGGAAGGCGUCCUGAGAGAGAGGGAGACGGAGGAGCGACUGAGGAAAUUACGACUGGAAGAGGAAGGCGAUGAAGGCUUCCCCGCUGGUAUUCACCCGCAGAAAUACGUCGACUACUAUGGCCCCUUCCUGAGAGACGCCCACGAGGAGAACCCGGAGAGUAUCCUGGAUGAGCACGUCCAACGGGUCAUGAAAACUCCCGGCUGCCAAUCGCCGCGAACGGGCCGCCACUCUCCCAAGUCCCGCUCGCCGGACGCUUUUAAAGGGGCGGCGGGGACUGCGCCCCCUUGGGGCGUUCAGGCUAAACAUCCAUCCAGGCAUGCUCUCAAGGGAGAGUCGGGUCACCACUGCAAGCAUCACGUGCACCAGGCGGAAGCACCUUGGAGUGUGGGAUCCACAAACAUGGAGCAUGCAGGCUACGGGAGCAAAAGUGGCGCACAGUGCAGACGAGCAUUCAAGCGUGAGGAGGAAGCAGCGGCCCCAGUGGAAGACCUGGAGAAAAAGCAGAAGAUCCUGAUGUGGCUCAUGGAAGGACAGAAGGAGAUGAUCCGACACAAGAGGAGCACGUACGGUAGCACUGCCGGAUCCAAGAAGGUCCCGGGUCUUCCCAGCUGCCCUUGGGACAACGUGCAGCCGUCGCAUCCUUUCAUUCAGGAUCCCACCAUGCCGCCCAACCCGGCCCCGAGCCCCCUCAUCCAACUAGAAGAGGUCCGUCGCCGCUUGGCGGAGGAGAAGAUGAUCAAGUCUGGAACGCUGCAGCCCAAGCAGAGGUAUGUGAUGGAGGUGAUCCAGCGGGGUCGCACUGCACUCAGGCCUGCACAGUUCCCGCCGCUCAGCGUUGUGCCCGCCGUGUCGGACUGCGAGCUCUCCGAGCCCGAGCAUAAAGCGACAAAAAAGCAAGUUUCCAACAGCAUGACGGUGGCGUACUACUUCUGCGGGGAGCCCAUACCGUACAGGACGUCCGUCAAGGGCCGGCUGGUGACACUCGGCCAGUUUAAAGAGCUGCUGACCAAGAAAGGAAACUACAGGUAUUAUUUCAAGAAGGUGAGCGACGAGUUUGACUGCGGGGUGGUGUUCGAGGAGGUGCGCGAGGACGACGCCACGCUCCCUAUCUUUGAGGAGAAGAUUAUUGGCAAAGUUGAAAAGAUCGACUAAGGUGCGAAGGUGAACAGGAAGUGAGUGGAAAGCGAAACAAGGAAGUGCUUAAUGGAUGCUCACGAUGUAGCUUUGUAAAGUUUACUUACGGAAAAGCGCUGCAGAUUUUUUUUUUUUACAGUGUUAUAAUCACUCGAUCUUUCUAAAGUAACCACACUCUUUGUGAUUCUUUUUAUAUGUAUUGAUACCAGGCGUGUACAGUUUGUGGUAACAAAUAACAUUUUAUAUCUAUUUAACUAUUUAAAAUUUGCUAUCCUAUCCAAGACCCCCCCUCCCCGAUGGAGACGAUCACAAUCCUUUUUAAAAGGAUUAUAUUUAUGACUUGUUAUUUUUGAAUGCCACUUAAAGAGUAAUUUAUUAUUUUGGGACAUUUUAGUCAGGCAGCACUUUGGGCACCUCGGUUUUAAUUGCGUGUUUUAAGGCGGCUUCUUCUAGCAAGGCCACCAUCGGGAUACCUUAUUACCCCAAAUUGAUAAACCACCAUGACAAUGUAAAAUUAUUUUUGUUAUUAUUAUUAUUGGGCCACUGCAUUCAUUUCAGCCAAGUGUUAGUAAAAUGGCCUCUAACACUGAGGGUGCUGUCAAAACAAAUCCUAAUUGUACAUUUGAACAUCUAUGCAAGCUUUCAAGUUAUUGUGGUGGAUUAUUAUUAUUA